AGUUCCUGUACUCCUACAAGGGAAAAUCAUGAUUACACUAACAGAGCUGAAAUGUCUAGCAGACGCCCAGUCAUCUUAUCACAUCCUAAAACCAUGGUGGGACGUCUUCUGGUAUUACAUCACCCUGAUCAUGCUGCUGGUGGCCGUGCUGGCUGGAGCUCUCCAGCUCACACAGAGCAGGGUUCUGUGCUGUCUUCCAUGUAAGGUGGAAUUUGACAAUCACUGUGCCGUGCCUUGGGACCUCCUGAAAGCCAGCGCCAACACGUCCUCCUCUGAUCCCGGGACCCCGCUUCCGCUCCCCCUCAGAAUCCAGAAUGACCUCCACCGACAGCAGUACUCCUACAUCGACGCCGUCUGUUACGAGAAGCAGCUCCAUUGGUUCGCCAAGUUCUUCCCCUACCUGGUGCUCCUGCACACACUCAUCUUUGCAGCCUGCAGCAACUUUUGGCUUCACUACCCCAGUACCAGUUCCAGGCUCGAGCAUUUUGUGGCCAUCCUUCACAAGUGCUUCGAUUCUCCGUGGACCACCCGUGCCCUGUCCGAAACGGUGGCCGAGCAAUCAGUGAGGCCCCUGACACUCUCCAAGUCCAAGGUUCUGCUUUCAUCCUCAGGGUGUUCAGCCGAUGUUGAUUCCAGCAAGCAGUCAUUGCCCUACCCACAGCCUGGCUUGGAGUCAGCUGGCAUCGAAAGCCCCACUUCUAGUGUCCUGGACAAGAAGGAGGGCGAACAGGCCAAAGCCAUCUUUGAAAAAGUGAAAAGGUUCCGCCUGCAUGUGGAGCAGAAGGACCUCAUUUAUAGAGUGUAUCUGAAGCAGAUCAUCGUGAAGGUCAUUUUGUUUGUCCUCAUCAUAACUUACGUUCCAUAUUUUCUAACCUACAUCACUCUUGAAAUUGACUGUUCGGUCGAUGUGCAAGCUUUUACCGGCUACAAGCGCUACCAGUGUGUCUACUCCUUGGCAGAAAUAUUUAAGGUCCUGGCUUCGUUUUAUGUGAUUUUGGUUAUACUUUAUGGUCUCACCUCCUCCUACAGCUUGUGGUGGAUGCUGAGGAGUUCUCUGAAGCAAUAUUCCUUUGAGGCGUUGAGAGAGAAAAGCAACUACAGCGAUAUCCCUGACGUCAAGAAUGACUUUGCCUUCAUCCUGCAUCUGGCCGAUCAGUAUGAUCCUCUCUAUUCCAAACGCUUCUCCAUAUUCCUGUCGGAGGUCAGUGAGAACAAACUGAAACAGAUCAACCUCAAUAACGAAUGGACGGUUGAGAAACUGAAAAGUAAGCUUGUGAAAAAUUCCCAGGACAAGGUAGCACUGCACCUUUUUAUGCUAAAUGGUCUUCCAGACAAUGUCUUUGAGCUGACAGAAAUCGAAGUGCUCAGCCUGGAGCUCAUCCCUGAGGUCAAGCUGCCCUCUGCAGUCUCACAGCUGGUCAACCUCAAGGAGCUUCAUGUGUACCAUUCGUCCCUGGUGGUGGACCAUCCGGCGCUGGGCUUUCUGGAGGAGAAUUUAAAAAUCCUCCGCCUGAAAUUCACCGAAAUGGGGAAAAUCCCACGCUGGGUAUUUCACCUGAAGAGUCUCAAGGAACUUUAUCUGUCCGGCUGUGUUCUCCCGGAGCAGUUGAGUACCAUGCAGUUGGAGGGCUUUCAGGACUUAAAAAACCUGAGGACCCUCUACUUGAAGAGCAGCCUCUCCCGGAUCCCACAAGUCAUUACAGACCUCCUGCCUUCACUGCAGAAGUUGUCCCUCGAUAAUGAGGGAAGCAAACUGGUUGUGUUGAACAACUUGAAAAAGAUGGUCAACCUGAAAAGCCUGGAGCUGAUCAGCUGUGACCUGGAACGCAUCCCACACUCCAUUUUCAGCCUGAAUAAUUUGCAUGAGUUAGAUCUUAAAGAAAAUAACCUUAAAACUGUGGAGGAGAUCAUUAGCUUUCAGCAUCUCCAGAAUCUUUCCUGCUUAAAAUUGUGGCACAAUAACAUUGCUUAUAUUCCUGCCCAGAUUGGGGCACUAUCUAAUCUAGAGCAGCUCUCUUUGAACCAUAAUAAUAUUGAGAAUCUGCCCCUGCAGCUUUUCCUAUGCACCAAACUACAUUAUUUGGAUCUAAGCUAUAACCACCUGACCUUCAUUCCAGAAGAAAUCCAGUAUCUGAGUAAUUUGCAGUACUUUGCUGUGACCAACAACAAUAUUGAGACGCUACCAGAUGGGCUGUUUCAGUGCAAAAAGCUGCAGUGUUUACUUUUGGGGAAAAAUAGCCUGAUGAGUUUGUCCCCUCACGUGGGUGAGCUGUCGAACCUUACUCAUCUGGAGCUCAUUGGUAAUUACCUGGAAACACUUCCUCCUGAACUGGAAGGAUGUCAGUCCCUAAAACGGAGCUGUCUGAUUGUAGAGGAGAAUUUGCUCAACACUCUUCCUCUCCCUGUAACAGAACGUUUGUAGACGUGCUUAGAUAAAUGUUGACCUAAAGAGAAAAUAAUUUUUAAAAGUUUGCCCCAGGGCUUUAAAUGAGAACUAAAUUUUCUAAGUUAUAAGGAUGAAAAAUGGGUAAUAAUUAUGACUAACUAUAACCAAAUGUCUUUAAAGCAACUCAGUGUCUAGCCCUAAGUUAAACAGGUCAAAAGUGUUAACACUGAACUUAAGUUUUGUGAAUAACUGAUCUUUAACUUACUAAGAUGUAAGAAGUACACUUCGAGGGUGGCAUGGGGGACACAGAAUUAUUGAAUCUCUACCUUGCAGUUUUUACCUUGAAGAUUAGAUAUUCUUUCAUAUCCCUCCCCCCAGUCCCCAUUACUUACUUAUUUGCACACUUGUUUUCACUGACUUCCUGUUUUGGUAUUUAUCACCUAGACCAUAAAUUCAUAAGUAUAAAUGUCCUUGAUGUAUACUCAACACUGUCUUUGAUUUAUGUUCUUAAAUAUUUUUAGGCAGGGUGUACAUUGUGCUUGGCCAAAUUCCUUCUUGGCUUGAUUUUAUUUCCUGUCCCAGCUCGCUCGAGUCUUCCUUCAUCUUGUUUUCUCUUAACAAUGAUGAACCCUAAAAAAAAAGCCCCAAAACAAGGGUGAACCCUGAAAACGUGCCUGUGUUUGGCCCUUGCAUAGAAAAGGACAGGGUACUUAGGACAUGUCACCCUCGGGGCACCUUGAAAAUUGAUCUAUUUCCUAAAAUGUCUUCUUAUGUAUCAUCAAAGCCUUUUUUAUUUGCUAAUCAUUUUUAUAUUAAAUGUAAAACAUGUAACUAUUUUCUAUGGUAUAAUCUUAGAUUCAAAAUAUGUGAGAAUAAUUUCUGUAAGGUACAGAGAACACAUGCAUUUCUUUAAGAAUUUACUAUUAAUAUACUUGGUUUUGGGGGCUUACGAGUCUCAUAUUUGUGUGCAUCCUGCCCCAGAAUGUUUUGGUACUCUGCAGCUCAUUACUUUUGGACAACACAAGCCUUGUGUUUCUUGCCCUGAAAUAUUUGGGGGGGUUCCUUAUAAGAGGAUGGCCGCAUCAUCUACCUCUCUCUUCCCUAGUCGCUGUGCUAUCAUACGGGUAACAAUUCUUAAUUACUUCAAAAACUGUGAUGGAGGGGAGAGGUACAGAUUUGAAUCCUUAAAAUUGACUUCAAAACACUUGGAGAAAUUAAGACUUAAAGCAAAAUAUUUCUCCAUCUGCAUGAUCUCUAGAUACGAUUAUAAUGUAGAACACUCCGCCUCUGUUCAGUAUUUAAGAAUUCUCAAAGCUCACAAAGCAGUAGAUCCAUUUAACUGAAAUUCAUCUCAUGCCUUUGUCUAACUUUCCUGGAAUACAUUUUGCUCUUUUUUUUGUAAAGAGCUUUGUGUUUAGCCUUUUAUUAUCAUGCAUAUUGUAAAAUGAAUAAAGUCAACCGACUCGUUUUUUGGGAAAUGUACAUUUGUACCAUGUUUUUCUCUGAUGGGUCUAGGCAUUACGAUGCCGGUCUCAUUUUGAAUGUUAACUAUGAAGUAACCUAUUAACUGCACAUAGACAAAACUGGAAAACACUAUGGGUAAAGUACUGUGAACAUGGAAUUGUGAUGUGUGGUAUGUUGUUUCUUGCUUUGCCCCUUCCAGAAAGGUGAAAGUGAGUCUUUAAAUUACAGCAAAAUGUAGCUCCCCUCAUUUGCCACACACCCCUGAACUGAAGCUCAGAAAAAGGAAUUGUUUGUGUCAAAUGUAAUUUGAAUAAUAUGAGCUAUAAAACUAUAAACACCAACAGCUGCCUAAAACAUUUAUUUUUAUUCUGAAUGAGAAGGAGCAGUGUAAAAAUGUUAAUUCUUACCAAAACUUGCCUUUAGUCAGAACAUUCAAGUUCUCAGGGACCCAGGCAUAACUGAUGAAACUUUCUUCCAGGACUUUAGAAAACAGAUUCUGACUCUAUCUGAGGUUUUUGUUCUUUUUGUUUUUUUAAUGUAAGUUAAUGGCCAUUUUAAUGUUUCACAAUAAAAUUGUCAUAUGUACGGAUUUCAAUGUUGGAUUGGAUUAAUCUUAAGUUUUUGGAAUAUGGAAUGUGAUGCAUGGAGAGGUAUUGAAAUGUUUGUGGCCAUAUAAUUAGCCAUAAUUUCUAUGAAAAAUCCCACCCCCCUCCAGAAAGAAGAGUUUUCAAAACAAACUUCAGAUUUGCUACCAUUCUCACAAACUAGAACUUCUGCACGACUAGUCACACUGGUUGUGUUCCCCUGCAAAAGUCAUUGACUAGAUCUUCCUUAUUGCUUCUCUCAAUUUCUGGAAGCACAUUAUUACUUAUCAGGAUCGAUACUGAAUAUUGUAAACUGCUUUCCAAACACUAGGGUAUGGUUACUGGUACAAACCUUGUUCUUUGAUGCCAUAGUUUUUAGAUUUCUGUCUUAUUCCAAGCUUACACACCAGUGUUUAGGUAGCUUUUGAAAUAACAUAGUACUGACGCAAUGAACUCUGAGACCGCCACCUGACAUACUGGAAAUGUGGUGUUGGAUGCCACCUUUACUGCAUUGUUGGAGCAGAUCUUCAUUUUGCGAGUGUUCACGUUCAUUUAAGAGGAUUUUCAAUGAGGAAAAUGCGAUGUAUUCAAUUAGGACACAUUAGAUGGCAUAGGAUUUCCAAGAAUGUCUAAUGCAUUUUCCAAAAAAUACCCGUGGAUGGGACUCGGAACAAAGUUGAUGGCUUAUGCUAGCCAUGGCCUAGGUUCGUUUCACUUACAUAUGCACACGGACACACACAGGUGAGCUUGGACACACACAAAGACACACACACCCUGGGCAGUUUUGAGCACUCCUGGUAAGGUAUAGUGUUCUUUCCCUAACCUAUGUUAGGAUACAUCUGUGUGGCACAUAGAUACUGUGUUUUCAUUCUUCAUCCUCGGUCUUCAUCUUUCUCCCUGGAUAUCACCAUAUUUCACUGUCACUUAACAAAUGUUUGCGUUAAACAGGGUAAGUAGAGACCCAUGGGUGCUCAGCACUUUGGCGUAGCUCGUUCUUGUGGUAAACUAACUACUGCGCCGUGGUAAGCGGCAGUGAGUUCUUUGCAUAAUGUUACUGUUUGAGAGCGACAAUAUUUGUUUCUGUUCCCCAUGCGUUUCAUGAUUCAGAUUUUGUAUGUUUAAUUAAAAUAUUGCAUAAUGAUGGGCUCAGAAACCAUUAAAAUGAUCAAACAGUUAUCCUGUGGGUUGACAGCUUUCUUCCCCGGUAUUUUGUAUAAAACGCUCCUUCCGUCUUUACAUUCUCUUAGCAUCGUCCUAACUGCGUGGGUAAC